AUGCCUUCCUUUCCCCUGGCGCCGCUGGUUCGGCCAAGAGAAGAUGGGCUGCAAUUAAGCUACCGGCUUCCCCACCGCGUCCUCGCAGCUAAAGGUUACCCCCUUCGAGCUCCUAACGGCUCAUCAAUCAUUGUUUACGGAUAUGAGACCGGACUGAAGGUUGUGUGGAGAGGAGGAAGGCAGUUUUCAGAACUGGAGGAGCCCGAAUCCUCGACGCAGGGAAAAAAUGAGGCGAACAAUGGAGGCGAUUCAGUCAUGAUCAUUGACUCUGACGAGGAGGAUGCGCCUGCAGCAUCUACUGUGCGAGAGGGGCCUACAUACGACUUUGUCGCCGAGGAGACUGAGGUCGAUCCUGCUUUCCCAUAUGAAUCGGUCCUACGACAAAUCGAUAUCCCUUUGGGAAGCCGGGUGCUCGACCUAGCUGUCCCUCGUGUCCUUCCAGAAGAGGCCCGCUCGCCUCUCGAUCCAUUCCCGCCCAUCGUGAAGAACCACAUUGUUGUUUCAGCCGUUUGCUCUGAUCUUUCAACGCGAGUGGUGAUUCUGCCGCUCAUCCCUCCCCACCCAGCCCAGACCGAUCCCAAGAGCUGGAACAUUCAAACUCUCACCAUCGAUAGGGGCGUGACCCAUCAGCAUAUCCCGCGCGGUGUGUCUCUCACAUUCACAUGCCAAGAAAUCGAGGAUGAGCAAGAUCACAAAAAGUCUCGGAACCGAGUUGGAGGAUCAGGAAAAUGGGAUCUACUCGUUGCAACACACUCGGCUGAGGGCUCUGGCGUGCUCCUGCUCCGUCGCAUUCCAAUUCAAGAGGAUUCAUCUGACAAGGGCCCGACCUACCACCUGUUAGAGGAUGAGCUCGUUUCUCAACGGCGUAUCUUGCCGUCUCCCGCGCAGACAAUUGCUUUCAAUCCUUCGACAUAUCCUUCUUCUCGACACUCAAACUUGCUGGUGGCAUUCCACGGCGGGUGCGUCAAGGUGUACUCGUGCUUUUCCGUCCAGAAGUCCUCCAAAUCUGGACGACGGGCAUCCAGCGCGCAUGAGGAGUACGAAACUAUCGACACGGAAGGGCGCUGGCUCAUCAGUCUAUAUCCCGGCUUUGAGCAAGGUCCGACCGGAUUCCCCCGCCGCAAGACGAUCAUCGAUGCGGAGUGGGUUUUGGGCGGCCGUGCUAUCAUGGUUCUUCUGGUGGAUGGUGAAUGGGGUGUUUGGGAUAUCGAGGGAGCCGGUCCCGGGGCCACCAAGGGCCCAUUGCACCGCCAGUCGAGCGUUCAGGGUGUCACCGGAGGCUCACUGACAGCAUAUGCCGUCAGCGGACGUAUUAUGACGCCGCCGAGUAACAGUCAGUCUGAAGCUGAGCAGCGUCCACGAUUUGCGCCUAUGACUCCGUCUACAAAACGAGUUCGCGAGGACACUCUUCUCAAGGGAUCGAUGACCGCGGCCAGCCCGUCCCUGCGUGGUCAGAUCUCCGUAUGCCAGACCAACUCAUCGCAGGAACAGCUCCCAGAUGAGUCGAUUCUUGUGCGUCACGGCAAGCAGAGUGCCGUUAUCCCAAGCUUGCUGUCUCUCUGGCGCAAUGCGGUCCGAGCCACCGGCACAUUUGACUCCUCCAAUAGAUGCCGUGUGACCCCAUUCCAGGAUGUGAACUUGAUGGGCGAGAACUUCCAGGCGAUUUGUCACCUUCCCACACCGGCACGCCGCUCGCGGGCUGCCGAGCAUCGCGCCUUCGAUGUCCUGGUCGCUGCGGAGCAUCAAAUCAUGAUCCUUGCGCCGCGUUUGAAAGAGUCCGAUGAUUCUGCGCCAGUCGCAGCAAAGCCAGAAGUUAACUUAGAGAACGACCAGAUGAUGCUACGACGAGGAGAACUGGACGUGGAGGGAAUGGGACGACUAUUGAACGGCAUGCAGAGUGGAGCCGCAUCUCUUCGCAUGGGCAGCCCCGUGAAGCGAACCCGCAUCUUUACUUGA